AUGCGCCUCAAAAAAUCACGAAGGGCCGAGUUCUUUGACGAAGAUGAAGAACUCGCCCGUCCGAAGCCAUCUCGCGCUCCACGUUCAUUGAAACCAUUUCGCAUCCUUGACCUUCCGUCCGAAAUUCGAGAACGCAUCUACCAUUUCGCCCUCUUCACUCCGUCCCGCAAGAGCGCCUUGAAGAAGAAUGGCACCAUUGGCGCCUCCGCGAAGAAACACAAGGCGUUCUCCCCGACGGCGCAGCGCAUUAAUUUGUUCUUGACUUGCCGUCGCAUUCACGAUGAAGCCAGCUAUUAUUUCUUCUCAACGCAAGUUUUUCGGAUCUUCCCCGUCCAGGAUUUCGCGCACAUGCCGACCGUCCGUCAACUGCCACGUCGCCACCGGGGCUCGGUGACAACCAUCGAACUGAUCUUGGGGAGUAGCUGGACUGCACCCCCAAAGAGCUGGACGGUCAACCAAGGGCUGGGUCUGCAUGACAUGGUGCUGACCCGAACUCUCAAAGUCUGGAUUGAGUGCGAUCCCUCUCAGCCGAUCUUUGAGGGGUUUCGUGUCUCCAAAGACUUCUACACAAACUUUGCUGGGAAGCUGUUUCGAGAGAUUCUUGAACGUCUCCCCAAUCUGGCUCAGGUCGAAUUCGAUGCGUACCCAUCGGUACAUAAGAACGGAGGCCUGAUGACGCGAUUACUAGAAGAGACCCAGUAUUUCGGAAAGAAAGUGCUGUGGGGGCCAGACCGAGGUUGGGUUGACGAUGAGGACGACUUCGACCCGCCCGAAGAAGAACCUGUCGAAGCGGUGGUUGACAGCUUGCAAACCUCCCAUCCGACCAUGGACAUCUUGAGUGACACACUACAACUUUUGAGUUUGGAAAGAGAGGCGGUGGCUGCUUAG